AUGUCCAACUCUCUCGACGCCCUCAAGGCCUCUGGCACCACCGUCGUCUCCGACUCGGGAGACUUUGAGUCCAUCGCCGCCUACAAGCCCCAGGAUGCCACCACCAACCCCUCCCUCAUCCUCCAGGCCGCCAAGCUCCCCCAGUACGCCCCCCUCAUCGACUCGGCCAUCGAGUACGGCAACAAGGCCUCGGGCGACAUUGACCAGAAGACCGACGCCGCCCUCGACGCCCUCCUCGUCAACUUUGGUACCGAGAUCCUCAAGAUUGUCCCCGGCCGUGUCUCCACCGAGGUCGACGCCCGCUUCUCGUUCGACACCAAGGCCACCAUUGACAAGGCCCGCCACCUCAUCGAGCUCUACAAGGAGCGCGGUGUCGACAAGGAGCGCGUCCUCAUCAAGAUUGCCUCGACCUGGGAGGGUAUCCAGGCCGCCCGCCAGCUCGAGCAGGAGGGCAUCCAGUGA